GAGGAGGGGGAGAAGGAAAGAGAAAAGGACUUGUUUUGGAAUAUUCUUUUGGAAAAUAUCUCAUGAAUAUUCACUCUAUAGAAUUAUGAGUUAUGAAUUGCAUAUAACCAGUUGAAGAUGGGAAUAUAGCUCCUGGUUCUGUGUAGUAUUUGUUUAACCAGCUGGAGUGUUUUCAUCUGGACCUGCUGCAGAUAGAGGAUGGGAGCUUUUAACAUCUGCCUUACACUAUUUUUCCUCGCCUCCAAUCCUGUGCAAACUCAGUGGUUGUCUUUCUGGUGGGUAAAACCAACGACCACCACUGUUCCUCCUACCUUGACCUCUCCAGCCGUCACCUCCAAGGAACCUUCCACGACCCAGGGGACACCUUCAGAGUGGGGAGUGGGAAAAGUGGACAUAAUAACUGCAAAUGAUGUGGAGAGCACUCAGUUAGAGGGGUCUAUGCAGUCCUCUACUCCACACAGCUCAGUGGAGUUAGAUUCCCUCACCACUAUGAAAACAUUAACAUUGUCUCCUGCUGGGAACCCAAGUGGAAGUAACAGAGGCUGGUUCAAGAAGAAACCACUGAAACAAUGGAAGAGUGACAAUGGCUCAGGAAAUCAUCUGGACCUGAUGGAUUUGAUCGGUAUCCCUCUCCCUCCUGCUGUCUCCUUCACCCCUGGAUUUGAAGCAUUCCCAGCCUACAGCUUUGGAAGCGAAGCCAACGUUGGCCGACUCACGAGAACCUUUGUGCCCGGACCUUUCUACAGGGACUUUGCCAUUAUUGUCACGGUGCGUCCAGCAAAUCAGAGAGGAGGCGUUCUUUUUGCCUUCACAGAUGCUCAUCAGAAGGUUGUGGAGCUCGGUUUGGCCCUCACUGCAGUUCAUAAAGGCCUCCAGAGCAUCUUAUUGUACUACACUGACAAAGAACAGGCCUCUCAUAGCCACAAAGCUGCUGCUUUCAGUGUCCCAGACAUGACUGGGCAGUGGACACGGUUCACGUUGGCGGUGGAGCAUAAUGAAGUGCGUCUUUACAUGGACUGUGGUGAAGCUAAGUUGGUGACUUUCCAGCGGAGGCCAGAGAGACUCACCUUUUCACACAACUCGGGCAUAUUUGUUGCAAAUGCAGGAAGCACAGGGCUUCAAAAGUUUGAGGGAUUUAUACAGCAGCUGGUCAUAAAGGAUGAUCCUAGAGCAGCAGAGGAGCAGUGUGAGGAGGACGAUCCAUAUGCCUCUGGGUACGGAAGCGGAGAUGAUACUCUGGAUGACAGAGAGACAGAGGAGGACUUCAGGAAAAAGGACGAUGGAGUGGAAGGGCUGGGACAGCACAGCUUCCCUGUUAUAGCUCCGCCCACUGUGGUACCAGAGGUGGAGCUCAGUGAGCACUCUGGUCAAAUGACUUCGACAGUGGCCAAUGAGGAGCUGCUUAUUACAGAGUCUCCGCAAACAGAGGAGGCAGGAGAGCGAUCUGGACAUGUUCAUAUCCAGAAAGGGGAACGGGGCGAUCGUGGACCACCUGGGCCACCUGGACCUCCUGGUCCUCCAGGAUCUCGCCUUGUACACAAAAAGGAGCGAGUAACACCUGGGCCACAAGGGCCACCAGGAACUCCUGGAACCCCUGGGAAACCAGGGAGAGAUGGACAGAAGGGAAGCAAAGGUGAAAAAGGAGGACUGGGUCAAAAAGGACAACAGGGAUUUCCAGGCUUGAGUGGAGAAGCUGGAACUAAAGGGGAAAAGGGAGACCCAGGAGUUGGUUUGCCGGGCCCCCCUGGUCUUCCUGGACCUCCAGGACCUCCCAGAUCCCGCAGUGUACCCUAUGGAGCAGAUGCCCUUGGAUCUGGCUUUGAGGAUCUGGAUACUGAUACUAUUUAUAUCAAGGGUCCAGCCGGUCCACCAGGGCCUCCAGGACCACCUGGUCCUCCUGCACCUCUAUUAACAUCAGAACUUAUACCUGGCCACACUGGACCACCUGGUCCCCCUGGCAUUGAUGGACUCCCAGGCAAACAGGGAUUACCAGGACCUGUAGGGGAAAAUGGCUUUCCUGGUCCAGCUGGAGCCGUUGGAGAGAAGGGUGACCAAGGGAUGCCUGGACCAACUGGACCAAAGGGUGAAAGUGGAGAUGUAGGCCCCCCAGGGCCUCCAGGGCCCCGAGGGUUCACUGGUCGACCAGGAAGGAGAGGCCCAGCAGGUCCAGCAGGACCCCCUGGGCCACCUGGCCCUCCAGGAACCACUGCCAUUGGAGAGGAUAUUGAAGGAUCAGGAAAGAAUGACUUGUUAAUAAGGACGGGAGUAAGAGGACCACAGGGCCCCCCUGGCGUACCAGGGCCACCUGGACCACCGGGUUUGGAUGGACCCCCCGGAGCUGAUGGACGUUCUAUCAAGGGUGAACAGGGGGAACCAGGACCAAUUGGUCUUCAGGGCCUGGCGGGAUUACCAGGCGCUAGAGGGCCCAAAGGAGAUAAAGGCAGUCCUGGACCAAAGGGCGAUCAGGGUUUGGAUGGACGCAGUAUCACGGGACCACCUGGGCCUCCUGGACCUCCUGGACCUGUUGUUAAUCUGCAAGAUCUGCUGCUGAAUACUACAGAUGGGAUAUUAAACUUCACACAAAUCAGAGGACCCCCAGGGCCCAUGGGCCCUGAGGGUUUACCAGGCAAAGCUGGAUUUCCAGGCCCUAGAGGACCAAAAGGAGACAAAGGCCCUCAAGGUAUUCAGGGAGACCCAGGUCAGAAGGGAGAAAAAGGAGAACCUGGUGUAACAAUUGCUGCUGAUGGAUCUAUUUUGUCGGCACCAAGAGGCCCUCAGGGGCCAAAAGGCCCAAAGGGGGACCGUGGUUUGCCAGGAUCUCCUGGAUUUGUGGGACCAAUUGGACCUCCUGGUCAAAAAGGGGAAUACGGCUUCCCUGGACGCCCAGGACGACCUGGUAUGCAAGGGAGAAAAGGUGACCGAGGAGAGUCUGUUGGCCUGCCGGGGCCUCCAGGUCCUCCAGGUCCUCCAGGUCUGCCUGGAAGAAUUCUCGGACUCAAUGGAGACUCAUUGACAAAGAGAGACUCAGUGGGACCUAAAGGAGACAAAGGAGAUGAAGGGAUGCCUGGUGAGCCAGGAACACUUGCCCCUGCACUACCAGAUGGAAUAGUGGGAGCUAAAGGAGAUCAUGGAUCCAAAGGGGAAAAAGGAGAAAAGGGCGACGAAGGUCUGCCUGGUCCUCCAGGAUUCCCAGGAAAAUCUGGGCUUGUGGGUCCAAAGGGGGAGUCCAUUGUGGGCCCCCCAGGUCCAGCAGGUUCUCCCGGUCAACCUGGACCUCCUGGGCUUGGAAGACCUGGACCCCGAGGCCCGCCUGGCCCAGCUGGGCCACCUGGACCGGCCCCUCCUUAUGGAUUAGAUGUCACUGUCCCUGGUCCUCCUGGUCCUCCCGGUCCACCAGGAUCCCCAGGUUAUGCAAACCCGGUGAUGACUUUCAAGACAGUCCAAGCUCUCACCAGAGAGACGCAGCGAGCAGCUGAGGGAACAUUGGCAUACGUCUCACAGAAGGGAGGAGAGCUAUACGUCCGAGCACGCAACGGGUGGCGCAAAAUACCGCUGGGGGAGCUGAUCCCUAAGGAAGCUUCUUCACCAGAAGCAUCGCAAGCUCUGAGCAGAGCAGGAGAUUGGAGCAGACUGCAAGGAGUUCACAGCCAGGAAUUACAGGAGGGGAGUAGGGGAUAUCAACCCAGCUACAUUUUGCCACAGACCUUUGAGGCCAUACCUGGACUCCAUUUAGUGGCCCUGAACGCGCCUCUCAAAGGGGACAUGCGUGGCAUCCGUGGUGCAGACUUCCAGUGCCACCAGCAAGCACGCUCCAGGGGACUUACCUCUACCUACAGGGCUUUCCUCUCCUCACACCUCCAGGACUUGGCAACAAUUGUAAAGAAAGCUGACCGCAAUGACCUUCCUGUGGUUAAUUUGAGAGGUGAAGUAUUAUUUACAAGCUGGAACUCCAUCUUCUCUGGGAAUGGAGGAGUGUUUAACCCAUCAACACCUAUCUAUUCUUUUGAUGGACGCAAUAUAAUGACCGAUCCUGCGUGGCCGGAGAAGCAGGUGUGGCACGGCUCGACCACGGUUGGCAUCCGGCUGACCACCAACUACUGCGAGGCGUGGAGGACAGGCGACAUGGCGGUGACGGGCCAGGCUGCACUCCUGCAGACGGGACGGCUUUUAGGACAACACCCACGCUCCUGCUCCAACAGCUACAUAGUGCUGUGUAUAGAGAACACAUAUGUGGGAAACACACAUGAAAGGAGAACCUGAGGAAGCACACAGAUUAUUAUACAUGCAGGCAUGUUGAAAGUGGAAAAUAUGCUUAGGGGAACAAAUUUAGGCACAUGAAACACAUUUAGAUACACUUUUUGUUUUUAGUUCCACACAUAAAAUCUGGUGGAAGACAGCAGCUCCCCAAGUCCGUCCAUUUCUAGAUUAGCUAUUUUUUCUAGUCUCAGAUUGAAAUAUAAAAAAAAUAGUCAGUGUUUGAGAGCUGCUGUCUUCUCACCAUUUCUGGUGCUAAUGAUCUAAUUAGACACAAUCUCAAUUUUUGGGACCUUCCUCUCUUCAAAACAGGAAAGACAGUAGAACAUACUAUUUUACUAAAACACGUGUUGAUCUUUAUGGGUGAGGCAAUAAAGUGGAUACUCAGCUAAACCUUCCAAUAUUUACAGCCAGAGGAAAAUAUAUAUUACAUUUUUUUAAACUUGCAAUUGGGGGACCAUGCCUAUGGCGGAUAUAUGCCAACUAGGUUUACAACUAGGUUUUAUUUUUAUAUAUUUGAUCCCUUUGGCCACUAUAACCCAUGUUAGUUCACCUGGAAUGAAACCAGAGUAACCAGACUGUGAUUGUCUUUAUACAGUGGUAUGCCCAAGUACAGUAGAUAAACAAAGCAAUUACCUGUUCACAUUGUGCCGUUGAGUUGGUUCUC